UCGCCGCGGUGAUCAGCUGUGAAUCUGCGGCUGGUGGUUGAUGCGUCCACUGGAACUUCAAAAUGCAGGCUCGUGAGAUCAGAGAGCAGAAAAUAAACAUGGCUGAGUGAGGAUGAGACUACCCAGCUCUGUCCUUGUGUCGGUCUCGUUGUUUACUGCCGAGACGACGGCGGCUCUGUAUCUGAGCAGCACUUACCACUCCGCGGGUGAUCAGAUUUGGCAGUGUUUCACGCUCCUCUUCACGCUUGUGCCAUCCGUGCUGGUGCAGCUCACACUUAUCUUUAUUCACAGAGACCUGAGCAGAGACAGACCUCUAGUACUGCUGCUUCAUAUAUUACAACUAGGACCAAUAAUAAGGUGCCUGGAUGCCUUCUGUAUCUAUGGCAGCGCUGGAAAGGUGGAGGAGCCGUAUGUCACCAUCACCCGUAAGAAGCAGAUUCCCCGGGACGGGCAGACCGAAGAGGUGGAGCAAGAAGUGGGCCAGGCGGAAGGAAAGCUAGUCACGCACAGAGCCGCUUUCGCCAGGACCUCGGUCAUACAGGCAUUCCUGGGCUCUGCACCCCAGCUCACGCUGCAGCUCUACAUCUGUGUGCUGCAGAAAGGGGUGUCUAUCGGUAGAGGUACAUUGAUGGUCAUUUCCCUUCUCUCAAUUGUAUAUGGAGCCCUACGCUGCAAUAUCCUCGCCAUAAAGAUACGCUACGAUGAUUACGAAGUGUCCGUGCGUCCGUUGACGUACCUGUGCGUGUUCCUGUGGCGAGGGUUCGAGAUCGCCACGCGCGUGACCGUGCUGGUCCUCUUCAGCUCAGUGUUGAAGGUGUGGGUGCUUCCGGUAGUAUCGGUCAACUUCGUCCUGUUCUUUCUUCGUCCGUGGGUUCUCUUCUGGAGCAGCCGCUCUCCGUUCCCAGAGAACAUCGAGAAGACGUUGACGCGUGUGGGGACCACUAUCGUCCUCUGCAUGCUGACCUUCCUGUACGCUGGCAUCAACGUGUUCUGCUGGUCCGCUGUUCAGCUCAGAUUGGACGACCCCGACUUGAUCGAUAAGGGUCAGGCGUGGAGGCGGGUGGCAGUGUAUUAUUCCCUCCGUUUUGUCGAGAACACGGGGCUGACUUUGAUGUGGUACGUCCACCGGACUGAGUUCUACCAAUGGGUGGAUGCUCCCGUGUUAGAAGUACUGCUGUUGUUGGGUUACGCCACAGCUGUGUUUUUUAUGUUACUCUUUUACCAGUUCUGCCACCCUUGCAGGCAACUGUUCUCAUCCAGUCCAGCCCAGGGCUUUUGGGAGUGCUGUGGAUCUCUCUGCCUGCUACGUGGGACUCUUCCCCAGCCGGGCUCCAUAAGGAUCAAACCACCAGGGAAAGACAAUGGAGACGAUUCACCCUGCGUUACCAAACGGGACAUCGGGCAGAGUUUGUGCGGCGCCGUGUGAGAAAAGCACAACUUAAAGGGAUAGUUCACCCAAAAAUUUCAAUUGUGUCAUCAUAUACUCUCCUGAUUAUAUAUAUAUAUAUAUAUAUAUAUAUAUAUAUAUAUAUAAUGAAACCUGAGAGGUUUCUGUCCUUCUUCUAACCAAAACAUAGAACAUCCAAAAUGGCCGUAAAACGAAUCCACUUGAAUCGAGUGGUUUAAUCCAGGUCUUGUUAAAAUGAUGUAGGCGUUUAUUCACAUUUGAACACAGUUAGAGAGCGCAUCACAUAUGGUUAGAAGAAAUCUCAUUGGUUCUUGGGAGUGUAUGAAGCAUGUGAUUCAUGUACAAAGCUUCUGUGUUUAUAUGUUCAGUGUGUGAAGAUCAUUGUAAGAGAUACAAUCGCUUUUAUUUACAUCUUUAUUACACAAGACUUUGAUUAAAUGUUUUGAUUGAUAUGGAUUUAUUUCUUUUAUGAUGCCUUUAUGACCUUUUUGGAUCAUUUAAAGGGAUAGUUCACCCAAAAAUGAAAAUUCUGUCAGUAUUUACUCACCCUCAU